CAGUCCGGGUGUUGCGGGGGCUCUGCAAUGACUUGUAAGCAGUACUCAUAUAUGCAUCGUUGGCGGCCGCAUUGGAAGGGCUACAUUGAGCAAUGCAUCUCGCCCUUUACGUGCCUGCAGUACUUACUGCUCUUUCUCUCGCGCCCUCUGUCUCUGCCGAUCUCUUCUUAAAGCAACAAAACGGCCACACACGUCUUGCCGGGACGUCUUUCGGAGUUAGCGGUAUCAAUGCGACUUUUGACUAUGUGAUUGUAGGAGGAGGGACCGCAGGCCUCACUGUAGCUAGUCGCCUUGCUGAAUAUGGAAAGUUUUCAGUUGCGGUGGUAGAGGCGGGAGGGUUUGCAGAGAUUGAGAAUGGCAAUCUCUCACAGAUUCCGGCCAUGGCUCCGAGGUUCGCAUCUGACAGCAUCGAAGAUAUCCAGGCAGCUGUUGAUUGGGGCAUCAUCACUGAGCCGGAACCGACAUUGAACAACCGGCGCUUGCACUACACGCAGGGGAAAUGUUUAGGAGGCAGCUCUGUACGCAAUUACCUUGUAUACCAGAGGUCAACAAAAGGCUCCUUCCAACGUUGGGCAGACGUGGUGGGAGACCAGAGUUUCACGUUUGACGACAUUCUCCCCUACUUUAAGCGCAGUGUUACCUUUACGCCUCCAAACUACGUCAAACGCGGGCCGCACUCGAACAUUCUAUACGACUCCGAAGCCUUUGACUCAAGCGGCGGCCCCUUGCAAGUAUCGUAUGCUAACUAUUAUUCGCCAACAUCGCUGUAUGUGAAGCGAGGAUUCGAGAAGCUGGGCCUAGCAGAAACUGCAGGGGCUCAGAGCGGGAAGCUCCUUGGCUUCACUGAGUAUCCGUAUACAUUAGACCCUGAUGACGCAACUAGAAGUUCCUCCGAGACGUCGUUUCUACAGUAUGCUAUGUUAUCAACGAACCUACAAAUCUACCAACACACCCUGGCUAAACGUAUACUUUUUAACGGGUCAAAGAGUGCAAACAGUGUGCUCGUAGAUACCUCCGGUGCUUCGUAUAUCCUUACCGCGAAUAAGGAAGUUAUUAUUUCAGCAGGAGCGUUGCGGUCUCCACAACUCCUUAUGGUUUCCGGGAUUGGCCCGCGUAAUACGCUCAUGGCUCAUGGCAUCCCGGUACUAUCAAACCUGGAAGGGGUGGGCAAGAACUGGAUUGAUCAGCCAUUCUUUGGGCCGGUGUAUUCCACAGAUGUGGUUACGCAGUCGCAGUUAACAAACAACGCAUCCUUUUUUUCGGAUGCGCUGCAAUCAUACCUUGGCAAUGCAUCAGGCCCUUUGACGACGUCAGUGGCUAACUAUCUCGCAUGGGAGAAGCUUCCCGCCUCGUAUCGCACAGCCCUUAGUUCCAGCACCAUCGCCGACCUCGAUGCCUUUCCUGAGGAUUGGCCAGAUAUACAGAUAGACCCCAUUCCCAGCGCAGCCGUCGCCACCAACGGCACUGGCAACUACUUCUCCAUCUACAUGACGCUGCAGACGACCACAUCACGAGGUAACGUGACUAUAAGCUCAGCCGACACGUCAGAUAACCCUGUAGUGCGACUGAAUUGGCUGACCACGAGCACCGACCGCGAGGUUGCCGUAGCCGCUUUUAGGCGCGCACGCGAGGUAGCUGUGGCGACGGGGCUGGCGGCUCUGGAAGACGAAGCAGCGCCGGGCCCAACAGUGCAGAGCGAUGCAGAUAUCCUUGAAUACAUCGCGGAUACUGCGACGGCUAUAUUCCACGCCUCUGGCACAUGUACAAUGGGCAGGCCAGAAAAUCCACAAGCUGUAGUUGAUUCUGCUGGCCUCGUAUAUGGCGUAGAGGGCUUGCGUAUCAUCGAUGCAAGCAUCUUUCCCAUUCUCCCACCCGGUCAAACCCAGGCAAACAUCUCUAACGGAAAUGAAGACAUGCUCGCAGAAAAGAUAGCAGAUCAAAUUCUAGAACUAAGCAAUAAAUGA